GUAGGAGGAAGGAGACGCCAUUAGAGGGAGGCGGAGAGGGAGUGCUCUUCGCCUUUCCUCGGGUGCCUGACGUGGUGGCUGGGGGGCCCUUCAUUCUCGGACUUCCCUCGGCCCUUCCAGGCUUCGCCCGGAGGCGAGAGUGGAGACGGCGCCCCGGGUUGACGGGUCGGUGCGGAGGGGCCUGCGCCGGCCGCGGCUGUGAAGGCGCUGCGGCGGCUGUGGGGAGCUCGGCGCAGCUCUAGGGCUCGGGCGGCGGGGAAACGGGAUGGCUGCGGCCGGCAGCGGAGGGGCGGCGGCGGGCAGAGCCUACUCAUUCAAGGUGGUGCUGCUGGGGGAAGGCUGCGUGGGGAAGACGUCGCUGGUGCUGCGCUACUGCGAGAACAAGUUCAACGACAAGCACAUCACCACUCUGCAGGCAUCAUUCUUGACAAAGAAGUUAAAUAUUGGUGGGAAAAGAGUAAACCUUGCUAUAUGGGAUACAGCAGGUCAAGAGAGAUUCCAUGCAUUGGGUCCAAUUUACUACAGAGAUUCAAAUGGAGCUAUUUUAGUUUAUGAUAUAACAGAUGAAGAUUCCUUUCAGAAGGUAAAAAACUGGGUCAAAGAAUUACGGAAAAUGUUGGGAAAUGAAAUCUGUUUAUGUAUAGUUGGUAAUAAAAUAGACUUGGAAAAGGAGAGACAUGUUUCCAUUCAAGAAGCAGAAUCGUAUGCAGAAUCUGUUGGAGCAAAACAUUAUCAUACUUCAGCCAAACAGAACAAAGGAAUUGAGGAACUCUUUCUUGAUCUUUGUAAAAGGAUGAUAGAAACAGCACAAGUGGAUGAGAGAGCAAAAGGCAAUGGCUCCAGUCAACCAGGAGCCACAAGGCGGGGUGUACAGAUUAUUGAUGAUGAACCUCAAGCCCAGAGCGGUGGCGGAGGGUGCUGUUCUUCUGGAUAACUGAUCACACUUAAGAGAUUAAACAAACAAACUGUGGAUCAUUGCCCUCAACAUGAAGACUGCCAUAUUCCAAGUCACAUUAUUUUACCAAUGGAAUUAUAGAAUUAACAGUAUUUUAAAUUACGUUUAUAACACUGCAGAGACCUUAAGUGCUAAACUUAGUGGAGUUUGUGACCAGAGAAUUGGCAUUUUUCUACAAAUGUUAACAAAGCAAUUACCAAUGGCCUUUUUACAUAUUUUUUUCUUUAAUAAGGAAUAAUAUGCAUGUAGAAAAGACCUACUUAAAGGCUUCAUUUAUAUUCUUUUAAAUCAAAUCUUUAUUUAAUAACUUAUAUAUGUUGUUGGAAUGGUAUACAUUUUUGCAGCCCUUUGUAUUUUGUGGUAGUUUGAAUUGUAUCACUUCUAAACAGCAAACUGUUUUUGUUUUCUUUUUUUUUUUUUUUUAAAUUAGCAGAUACCUGAAGUACUAUUUUUGCAGGGUUUGCACAGGCCCCUUAACUGUCUACUACUUUGAUAUAAUCUAUAUACAACCUGUAUGCUGAGCUGGUAAAAUACAUUGUAAAAUUACAUAUUAAAUAUUUUAUCUGCUUUUACAAGCGCAAGGUGCAAAACUACAUACAGUAGUCUCAUUGAUGACUGUAAAGUGAAUUAACAUUUGGUGAUAAUGCCUAAGCUUUUUGACUCUGACAUAAAGAUCAUAGCUCCCCUUCACUUUUGUCUUAACUUGAAAGUGGCGUGUUUCAAUUUUCACAUAUACUUUACUUGAAUUAUUGCUGUUGUCAUAUUUUUGCCUCUGUAAGUCUUUCUGAUGAUUGAACAACAGCAUUUGCCUUUUGGUUUGUUGGGGUUUGGGGGAGCUCUUUUUGUUUGUUUUUAUUUUUGUUUGGGGGGGAUUUUUUUGGAUAAAAGAGAUGAAUUCUGCUGAUUUUGUUUUAGAGUGGUUACCUUAGAAGUAUUUGAGUGGAGCAUGCUGAAUUUCACUUCUGCAAUGGCUUUAGUUUUCUCUUAGGCUUUAUAUGAGAUGGGUUCACUGGUGUCAGAAGAGAGGAAGAGGUACCAGACAGUUGCCACUCACCAAGACUCAUUCAUACAGCAUGUUAAUGGGUAGUUCAUGCUCCUGGGGCAGCACUUUUAAAUCCUUUGUGAGCAAAUUGUAUUUGUUCAUUGCUUGCCAGAGAUGAACACGGAAAAGUUUGUUCCAUUUUAUAAGAGCUGUCCUGAGUUUCUGUGAAGGGAAACAUUUCAUGUAAUGCGGUUAUAGCAAACACUGGAAAGAUUUAUUAUAAAAUUAUAUUCUUGUAUACUUUGUAAAUUAGUCUCAUUAGGUUUUUUUUUUUCCUAAGCAUAGGACUGAACUUAAAUUUGUUAAUUUUAAUAGAAUCAGACAGUGCUCACAGAAGGAUCACAAAUUGUGGAAAUUAACAUACAUUGUUCUUGUUCUAAUAUAUAUAUUUUUCCAUUUCUGUCAUGCUUGGAAAACUAGUAAAUGUUAUGUCUAAGAUAAAAUGGAAUGGUUCCUGGAUUUACUUCUUACAAGAAGCAGUAGUAUGCAAUAAAGUCGUUGGCAUGAGCAAUUAAGAGGAUGUAAAGAGGUUAUAGUUACUAAAGAAGUACUACCAUAUUUUUAAGUUAAGAGCUUAAGGUUUCCCAAAUGGGUUUAAAGUUGAAUGGAUUGACACCUUUAUGCUAUGCUGUUAAAAUUUUAACUUAGUAUUAAGGGUUCUGUGAGCCCUCACUUUACCUUCUUUAGUUCCUCUCCUUCCCAAACUCAACACACUGUUCUCUCUGUUGUGUGUGUUUGGGGAGGAUGGUAUGGGAAGAGUCAGAGAGAUAAGCUAACAUUUGUUUUAUUUUGUUUUGUUUUGUUUUGUUGAUUGUAUAGUCUCUCAGUUUCCUAUGAAGUUUGUGUUUAUGCAGGGCAUCAUGGGAGACCAGAGGAAUCAUGAGUAUAAAUACAGGAAAAAUUGUUUUUGGUCUUCUGGUUCUUCCACAGGUAGUAAAGAAAGCCUUGCCAUUUCUACUAUCAUACGUGCAGAUGGGAAAGAAGCUCUUGUUCAGAGUGAACUGUUUUUUAAACUAAUGAGAGAUGAAAUUGAGCUUGAUUUCAAAAAGUAAAAUCAUAAAGCCUGAUAAUUGAAGAGUUGUACUCUAAAUUUUUGACCCUAUGUUAAUGAUAUUAAGUCCAGAUAAGAACCUCUGCUCCAAAGUUGCCAGAUAAUUAUUGAUGGGGUACAACCACUCUCCAUAUAUUUUUUUCUUUACUCUCCCUUAGUUUCUGUCUAUCAUUCUUAACCUCAAGCAUUUCAUUCUGUUUUUCACCUUGUAAUUUAAGCUAAUUCAAUAGCAACAAUAAAUAAUAGGGAAUACCUGUCCUUGCUCUAAAGUCUGACAGUUCUCUAGGUAGGAUGAAGGAGGAAUGAAAGAGGACCAGCCAAUUGCAGUAUGUGCAUAAAGGAGAGAGAAAGAGAUGAGAAACUAAGGCUGAGGAAAUUUCUCUGAUACUUUCUUCACUUCUUUAACAUAUCUUUUGUGUUCCUGUCCUUAUGAAUUGUACUAUUAGGAAGAAGACAUGAGUUGUUGUAUUGUAUAUUAAAAGUAGUAGGUAGGUAGAACCAAUAUAUUUUUCAGCUAGUAAGUGUAUACAUUUAGUAUAUAUAAUUAAAAAUUGGUAUAAGAUAGUCAUUAAAAAUACCUGAAUAUUAUGUUAAAAGUAUACAAUCGUUUCUGUAAUGAUGAUGAGUAUUCUGCAUCUCGUUUUGUUUUGUGAUUAUAGAGGAAGAUCAUUGUUUUUAAAAAUGUAUAUUGCAACAAUUUGGGGGUAAACAGCAAUCUCAAAAAAAAAAGCAUCAUGUGAUUGUAUGAAA